UUCAAAUUUUUAAAACCAUGUUAAUAAUAAUUCUAUUUAAUUAAGAUUAAAGAUUAAUAAUCUCUGCAGCUGAAGUCUGUAGCUCAGGUGUAAUUUGGUGACAGCUAUGCCAGAGGCUUGUGCAUUUAUUUACAGAGGGUUGGUGUUGUAAACAAGAACAGUUUAAUCAAAAUGGAGAGCAAUGCUGGUGAUCUCUAUCCGUGUCAAUAUUGCAAAGUGGCAUUUUCAAAUGUUUCCUUUUUGAAGACACAUUUGAAAUUCAAACAUGGAGGAGAAGAAAUUGCCAAUUGGACUUUAGCUCUCACUUCUAAGAAUAGUGAACAUUCUUUCCAACCAUCAAGUUUUCAUCAACAUCUUACAAUUUUUAUGAAAAAAAAGGCUUACAAGUGUGACAGAUGUAAUAAAUGUUUUACAAAGCUUAGCCAAUUGAAGAAACACCUUACAAAUAGCAUAGAAAAAAAGACUCAUAAGGGUGACACAGAAAUUGGCCAUUUAAAAAAACAGCUAAAAAAUAAUACUCUUGAAAAGCCUUACAAGUGUGACAUAUGUGGUAAAUAUUUUAUAAAGCUUUACCAAAUAAAGAAACACCUUAAAACUCAUACAGGAUUAAAGCCUUUUACUUGUGAAACAUGUGGCAACUGUUUUUUGCAGUUUGCAGGUUUACAGAGACACCUUCUAAUUCAUUCAGGAGAAAGGCCUUACAUGUGUGACAAAUGUGGUAAAAGCUUUUUACAGUUGUCAAAUUUAAAGAGUCACCAUAGACAUCAUACUGGAGAAAAACCUUUCAAAUGUGGCACAUGUGGAGAAAAGCCCUACAAUUGUGUCAAAUGUGGUAAAUGGUUUAAGGAUCGUGACUACCUAAAGAAACAUGUUAAAAUACAUUCAGAUUAUAAGCCUUACAAGUGUGACAAUUGUGGUAAAUCUUUUGUAUUAAAGAGAACUCUACAGAUCCACUCUACAAUUCAUACUAAACCUCAUAAGUGUGACAAAUGUGGCAAACGCUUCAUGGAGCUAUUAAAGUUUCAGAAACACUGUGGAAUUUAUAGAUGUGAAAAGCAAUACAAGUGUGACAAAUGUGAAUUCACAGAUGAAUUACCGUACAGGUGUGACAAAUGUGGUAAAUCUUUUGCAUUGAAGAGCAGUCUGCGGAACCACUUUUUAAUUCGUCAUAAGUGUGGCAAAUGUGGUAAAUGUUUCACACAAAGUAAAAGUUUACAGAAACACCAAGCAAUUCAUACUGGUGAAAAGCCUUUCAUGUGUGAAAAAUGUGGAACACCAUAG